AAGGUCGUUCGUGUCGGUUCGGAGGUCGCGAAUCAAAUCAAGCCAAUCAGCGUCGUUUGAGUAGCCUCGUCCAAUCCGAUCGCUUCGGACUUCGGAUGCACCAAUCAGGUGCAAGGUCAACCUCACCAAUCAAACCUGUCUGGGAUUGGCAGAAGCAACAUUCCCAUCAGCCGCAGCAAACCAUGGGCAAGAAGAGCAAAGCGUUUAUUAACAAGAAGGAAGCCCAGCACUUUCACGUUGUGCAUCGCAGUCAGCGCGAUCCAUUGAUCAACGAUCCGUCCGCGUCGAAGUUUGUCCUGCUUUCGUCGAAGCCAGCCGUCGACGACUACGACUCAGACGACAGUGACCUCCCAGAUCUUGUGCCUCAAUCCGCCACCGCCCCACCCGCUGCCAAGGCCGUUCGAUUCGGCAAUGUGGUAGCCCACGACUUGGUCAAUGAACUCGGCAUGGUCAACGAUGGUUACGACUACUCCAAGCACAUGAAAGAAAUGGGCAAGUUCCCUUCGCAUGUCACUUGGUACAUCUCAUAAUGGUGUUUAUAGGUCAAGGUCACUUUUACUCUGCUGGCGGCACGUACGACGAAGGCGCUGGCCUCUUGAACAAGCGCGUGGUGCUACCAGACGAUGUCUUGGCGAGUGCCAACGAACACGACCGGAUGUUGGACGCUAUCACGUUGACCGAAGACGUCAUGGAUGAAGACUUGCGAGAAGCGUUGGUGAACGACGAAGCGUUCGAAGAGCUCACGGACGACUUUAUGUUGCAAGCGGCGGAAGAUUUACCGGUGGAACAAGGUGAUGGCGCCGCGGCUGGUGGCGCAGAUGGGUUUGAUUACGAUGCACAUAUUGCCAAGUUGAUGGCGGCGGCGGAAGGCAUUCCAAAGUACCGCGGACACUUGUCGGAUGAUGAAGACGAGUCCAGCGAUGACGAAGAAUUAGAACAAGAAGACAAGGAUGAGGCGCAGCGAGCGCUGGACGACGCGUUUGAUAAGCUCAUGGCCGACGAGUACGACGACGAGCAGGUCGGAGAGCUCGAAGAAGACGACACACGCGGCAAACUUGUGUUGGAAGGCGCGCUGUUGGAGCAGAUCGUGGACGAUUACGUCAACAUUCGACAGGAAUUGAUGGCGGAUGAAGGCCGACUGGGCAAUCCACUGCGCACGGGCAACCGCCUCAAGGACAUUUUGGCCGAAUGUGCCGAGACGGCGGAGGACGUCGCCGUGAUGAAACCGACAGACCCCGUGCCCGCAAUCGAACCUGCCGACUUGACCGACUUGUCGGCCAACCCGUACUUGGUACAACGGGUCGAGGACCAGUGGGAUUGCGAGACGAUUGUAAGCACGUACUCCAACUUGGACAACCAUCCGACCAUGAUCCGGGAACCGUCCAAGACCAGCAAGAAGAAGACCAAAGCCCAGAAAAUCGCCCUCUCGUCCACGAUUGUGCUGUCGUCCAAGACGGGCAUGCCGUUGAACAUUGUGCCACUGACGGCCACAGCGCCGAUUCAAGAAGAGGACGUGUCGGACGAUGGCUCGGAUGACAACCGGCGAAAGGCGCUGCAGUUAAGUCGGGGAAAGGGCGAAACGAAAGAGGACAAAAAGCUGCGCAAGACGUUGGCGAAAACGCACAAAAAGGAACGACGGGAAGAAAAGAAGGAAGUCAAGUUGCUGUACAAGGACGAGAAAUCGAGACAAACUCAAACGGCCGGCCCCAACCUGUCGGUGUUUCGCUAUUAGAAAUGCCUGCACUGACUGCCGUCUCUGUCAUAACAUAGUAAAUAAAUCCGCCCAUGUUCAACAUGAACGCCGUGUGUGAUGAUGUACAA